AUGCGCCAACGCGGUGAUCGUGUCAAGGGCUCUGGCGCCGCCUUGGCUGCCGCUGCUGCUCGAGCUUCUGCCUUAAAGGGCCGCACGACAUGUCAGCGACAACGGCGCGGAUUUUGGAUCGCAACGGCCUGCUUCGUUGUGUGCGUGGUGCUCUACAUGUGUCUGGGUAACUCCAUGGUGUUUCAAUCGAGUGCGCAGCAGCAGCAGCAGCAACGUCUCUGGACGAGGAAGCCGCUUGUACUGACUGAACGUGAUGUGAUGGCACUGGAUGUCGCCACCUCGCAGGUGGCGAAUCUGGCAACGCUGCCAACGCUAGACGACUUGAUCAAGUUAGCAGCCGAGGUAGGGGCGGCGUAUGCGCAGUUGCUUGAACAGGUAACUGCUGCUCAGGAAGCAGAGGACGAUGGACGUGCACUUCGCGAGCUGGGCGUUAGCCAAAACUACCUUUCUAGUGUCUGCGUUUCGCUGCGACGUGCUGCCGAUGUGAGCUACGCGAAGCUCAAAGCCAUGCUCCUGCAGGAGGCGAAUGCGGAGCUGCAUAUGGCGCCGACCUCACUCGUGCGCAUUAUGUAUGGUUGGAUGCUAGGCAAUAUCUACCUCUACAGUGCAGUGUUGCCGGAAUACUACCUCCUUCAGGAUGACACUCCUAGCCACGCAUUGGCUCUCAUGCGCAGCCUCAACGUGUUUUCCUGGAGUCCACAUGUGCACACGGUGUCGUCGCCGGAGACGCAUAAGCACGGCGCAGCGGUGAUGACCUAUGACUUAUUCAACUGGUCUGGCGGAGUGGCGUGCAAGCGAGGGCUGCUGAGUCACGUGCCACACGCGAUGCGCUUUUGUGAAUCGUCUUUCUCCUCCUGGUUCGCGGUUGCGCUCCGCGUCGCCGCCACGUACGAGGAGCUCAUUGUUCUGCACCCUUCCUACGCACCACUCCGUCUGCACUACGCAAUUUCGUUUGCCUUUCUUGCGAUGGACACCGCAGCUGACGCGGUGACUGGUGGUACACAGAGCCCCGACGAACACGCGGCCAAAGCACUCAAAGUUAUUCGAGGCGACCGCUCAAAGCUCGAGCGCACUUAUAGGCAUGCCGACGAGGCACAUGGCCCCAUUUUGGUUCUGCUGGAGGCAUUUCUCACCCCAGUAGGGUUGUACACUGCAGACCACGUUGCUCAGCUCGUAGCGGCGCUCCGUGCGUGGAGGAGCUGUGCUGACGCGCAGGCGGCCUUGCUGAAGACCACCGCUUGGCCCGGCGACGUUUUUCCGGGCGAGUAUCGUCCGCCCCUUCUUCGAGACGCGCAACUGCGGCACUUAUUGGCGAAGGCACAGCUUCAAUUGGGCGAUGAUCAUGCAGCACUGCAGAAGUUGCGCUUGUGCGUGUAA